UCUUUGUUGCUGGUUGUUUGUUUUACCUGAUUCUAUCGUUAUCAUUGUUAUCAGUGCCUUGUUUAUGUUUGUGUUUGAUACUGAUUUACAUCGUCCUUCAAAGGACAUUCUGCUCGAUAUUAUUUAGUCAUUGGUGAACAAUGUCAUCCCAACCACCGGAUAGAGGGAACACGGGGUUGGGGAAUCCCCAAACCUCCGUCGGGUUCAUUAGUAAUGUGGAAUUUAUCUACGAUAUUCCCCGGCUCGACACAAAGCAUGUGGCGGCUCUGCUGGACCAGGAUGGCAAAUGGGUAGGAUUGGCCCUACGGCAGAUGGGCUAUAGUGUCGAGGAUGUUGAGAGCAUACGACGAUGCUGUUCCCGUUCAGGACAGUCCCCUUCGGAGCAGCUGCUUGUAAAAUGGGGCAAUUUAAACCACACAAUUACGGAGCUGUUUGUGGUGCUUUCGAGGGAGAGUAUUUUAUCUGCGAUGGAUGUAAUCAAACGGUUUGUGGAUCCCCAAUUUCACAUUCUUAUGCGUAAAACCGCACCGAUUGAUACCUACAAAGUGAUGAACGGUCCUGCGCCGGCGAACCAAAAUCCAGGCGAGGAAUUUACAACCGAUGGCAAUUCAGAAAAUGCUCAACAACAGGCUGAAUUUGUUCAGAAGCAGGUGGUGGCGUCACCAGCUGCAGUUCCUGCUGCUCCUGUUGCUGGUCCAGCAGCUGCUAUUCCCGGUAUUUUCCAAGCUGGAAUUAUGCGUUCUCCUUCGGACAAUAUUGCAGCCGUUGUUGGUGGGUUGCCUAUAUUUGGCUACGAGGAACUCCGUAAUGCCACUGACCAUUGGAAUCCGGCGAAUGAGCUCGGGAAAGGUGGUUUCGGUGUUGUGUACAAGGGAUACUUCAAGCAAACGUACGUGGCGAUUAAAAAAAUCAAAGGAAUCAGCACGGAAUCGGCCCUAACAGAGCUGCGGCAAAGUUUCAACGAACUGAAAUAUUUAAACUCUUGUCGACAUGAGAAUGUCGUUCCACUUUUAGGGUGUAGUUUGGAUUCUGGCGAAGCAUGUCUCGUCUACCAAUACAUGCCGGGUGGAUCCUUAGAUAUGAAGUUGUUUCCGAAGAGGAAAAGCGUUCAACCGUUAUCGAUUGCUGACCGUAUUCGGAUAGCAAAAGGCACCGCUAGAGGCCUUCAAUAUCUACACACCUUCACGCAGAAACCAAUCAUUCACGGGGACAUCAAGCCGGGUAAUAUAUUGUUGGACAAAAAUAACGAACCGAAGAUUGGCGACUUUGGCCUGACCCGGGAGCUAGCGGUCAGCGAUUCCGGUAUGAAGGUAUCUCGCGUUUACGGCACUCGACCGUACAUUCCACCGGAGUUUAUCUCCCAACGGCAUUUGAGUACCAAGGUGGACAGUUUCAGCUACGGGCUGGUGCUGUACGAGAUCGUCACCGGACAGCGGGUGUUCGAAGACAAGCGGGUGCCUAAGCACCUGAAAGCUGUAAUUUCCCAAGCGGUACAAUCGAAUACCGACACGCGGUGUUUGAUGGAUCCCUCGUUAGAUAGCACAGAUAUGCGUACAAUAUACCAAUGCACGAUGCUGCUUAAGGUAGGAAUUUUCUGCACGGCCGACGAACCGGACAACCGGAAGGAGAUGGUGGAGGUUUAUAAAGAUUUGGAAAAGUUUUUCGAUAAAUAG